CUGGAUGACAAGGUUGAAGCGGAGCUGCCAACAGAGAUUCAGCUGGACGAGAGCCAGAUCGACGCUGGCUUCAAGAAUCUGUUCAGGCAGCUGGCGGGGCCGGACAUGGAGAUCAGUGUGACGGAGCUGCAGACCAUCCUCAACAGGAUCAUCAGCAAACAUAAAGACCUGAAGACAGACGGCUUCACGAAAGAAGCGUGUCGCAGCAUGAUCAACCUCAUGGACACGGACGGCAGCGGAAAACUGGGCCUGACGGAGUUCCACGUCCUCUGGGAAAAGGUCAAACGAUACCUGACCAUAUUCAGACAGUUCGACUUGGACAAAUCUGGCACCAUGAGCUCGUAUGAGAUGAGGAUGGCUCUGGAAUCCGCAGGUUUCAAGUUGACCAACCACCUGUUCCAGCUGAUCAUCCUGCGCUACACCGAGGCCGACAUGGCUGUGGACUUUGACAACUUCGUCACCUGCCUGGUCCGACUGGAGACGAUGUUCAAAACCUUUAAGACCCUGGACACAGACGCAGACGGUCAAAUAUCCCUCACCUUCUUCCAGUGGAUCACCCUGACCAUGUUUGCCUGAAGAUGAGCGGACAUCUUUGUAACUCGAGCUGCAGCCCCCAGUAUCUUUCAGAAGUGCCUUUUCUCCUGCGCCUCCUUGUCCUCCAGGCUGCGAUCGCUGCGAGCCCCUCCUCCGAGGCUAAAGACUGUAAAUCCAUCAUUACUGUGCCUGUAACACAAACAUCUGCCAACACUUCUUUAGCCUGUCGGCCAACGGAGCGCCUCUCGAGAUUCAGAUGUGUCUCUGUAGCAGACCUCCAGGGGGCAGAAGUGAUCCAAAAACCUUUAUCGUAGAAUAACUUUUCAGUUAUAUGUUGCUUGUUAUAUUUUUACUCUCAUUUUUAGCUAUAGCUUCAAACAUUUCUCUGCAGCCGACCUAUAGGGGGCAGAAACCUUAUCGGUAAAAUGUCAGUGGGAGACUAAAGAAUUAAUUAACUUUCAUUUAUUGCAUAAAUGUGUAGCUAGGUUGUCUAAAAAAAAUAAACAGGCCAGCUUUACAUGCAAUAAAAACUAUUCUCAGUAGCAGACGUGUCGGGGCCAAAGUUCUGGAGUCAGUUUAAUUCCAGAAUGUGGGACAAAAAAGUUUUUAUCUUAAAUUAACUUUUACUAAAUAUAGAAAUAUGUCGUUAAUGUUUAAAGAGGCUAACUUCGAGCCUCUACGUGGUUUUAAAUGACAAACCUGAAUAAGAAAAUGAUUUUUAGUCAAAUAAAUUGGUUUGAAUAUGUUUACACACACACA